AUGCCAUCGGAUAAGGAGCAAACAAAUUCUAGUGCGCCAGUCCAAACGGCUCAAGGCCAAACUUACAAUAACGUCGGCGGCCCAAAGAAAGAUACAUCUACGAGACGAAACGAAGCACCACAUAGAUAUGAUAUUCGACAAGAAUAUACCGAUAUCCACUUCAAAGCAGGGGCUCGCGGGGAAGGGUUGCAGAGAACCUUUUACGACGAACGUACCGAUAGCAACAGCCGGUACAGCAACAAACGGCUAGAAGAUGAAAUUAGACAGAGGGUUGAGGCGGAGUUAGAAAGGAAGUAUUCCGAGAAAUAUGAAGAAAUGUUGGGAAACUUUGAGCAGGAUCGAAAGUCGCUGGAAAACAACAACAAAAUUCAGCUGAGAAAAUUGGAAGAAGCCUAUAGGAAGAGUCAGGCCACAUUAGAAGAGAGUCAUUGGGCAUUUUCAAGAAAGGAGCAGGAGACACAAGACCUCAUAUCGAAGCUAAGAUCCAACAUCAAUGAGCUUACAGUGUCCGUCUCGAGGACUGUGAAUGUGAGCGGGGUCACUACCAGAGACGACGACUACUUCGAAGCAGAGUUUGCUAGCCUAAAAAAUUCGAUACAUCAGUGGGCUCGUCAAUCAUUUCGUCAAACUGAUGCAGUUACAUAUGAUCAACUUCCGCCCAGCCUGUCCAAACUUUUAGGAGUUGAUACUCCCGGAUUUAUAAUCCCUCAUGACUCUAAAAUUGGCUCCGCAGAAUUUGAGGCGAUAAUGGCCCACACGAUGAUAUUCGAUAUGAUCUUUAAAUCGAAAUUUCUUCUACCUUGGGAGAGGCUAGAGGGGCUGGAGGAACUGCACGACCUAGAGCAAAGUGAGGGACACCAGAGGCCCGACAUCGCGAGUACUUUUCUACACUAUAUUGGGGGAACCGGUGAGUUUGCAAAAACACUUAAACUAGUGCCAAAGUAUAAAAAACUUACGUGGGGCGCGAUAAUGACAACAUUAGAUCUCAAGAAACGAGAAUGGUUUACUCAAACCAUCAGUAUGCUCUUCGCACACCAUGAGUAUGAAGAGUUCCUUAACUCCAAUAUUCAAUCCGCGCAAAUGAUCCUUCAAGAGCUGUCAAAUAGUCUUUUACCCUUGGAGGGCGCAAAACUAGAUAAGAGCGCAAAAAGGUUAGCCAGUAUCAUUUCAAAGGCUACUCAACUUCAUAAGGAAACCUUCCAGCAGGUAUCGCCAUUUUUCCUCCACACAAUCAAACCAGGAGAACAAUACAAUCCCUCGUUUAUGGAAGAGUUGAACCUACCAGACACUGAGGAGACAAGUGGUCAGCACUACGUUCAAGCAGUUCUUUUCCCGCCAGUAUUUCGGAUAGGGUUCAACGCGGCCGGAAACAACAACUUGGACUAUCCAGUACUUAUACGAAAGGGAGUCGUGAAAUGCUUUCUAGAGAAAAGCUAA